CCACCGAGCAUUGGGGCGAGGCGAACACGAGAGUAGUUGCUGAGGCGCCCCAGCACAACGCUGCCUUUUCCUCUCGGCCCCUUUCCUCGGGCAACAGUCUGGGCGCGAUGCAGAGCCUUUAGAAGCCGCGGCUUCCCAGCUGGGCGGGAAAGAGGCGCCGUGGAGGACUCAGCUGCCGGGCGGCUCCCGUGAACGCGGGGUGGGGCUCGGUUUUCGCCCCUCUCCUCCCAUGUGAGGCACUCGCAGCAGCCAGUUUCCUGGCGAGAAGGAGGCGGGCAAGCCCGGAGCUUCAGGCGGACGGGGAGCAGCCGAAGCGCCAGCAUGGAGGGGAGCCCUAUCCCUGUGCUCACCAUUCAGACCGUCCCGUACGAGGACCAGAAGCCGACGGGCGGCGGGGGGCUCAGGAGGCCCACGGCGGUCUUCGAGAGCCAGCGGAACUACCUGCCCAACUUCGUGCAGAGCGUGCUUUCCUCCAUUGACCUGCGCGACCGCCAGGGCUGCACCAUGGUGGUGGGCAGCGACGGCAGGUACUUCAGCAAGACGGCCAUCGAGGUGGUGGUGCAGAUGGCGGCGGCCAACGGGAUUGGAAGAUUGGUUAUUGGUCAGAAUGGCAUCUUGUCUACUCCUGCAGUGUCGUGCAUUAUCCGAAAAAUCAAAGCAGCUGGUGGGAUUAUUCUGACAGCAAGUCAUAGUCCUGGAGGACCUGGAGGAGAAUUUGGAGUUAAGUUUAAUGUUGCCAACGGAGGACCAGCUCCAGAUGUUAUUUCUGAUAAAAUCUACCAAAUCAGCAAAACCCUAGAAGAAUAUGCCAUUUGUCCUGAUUUAAGGAUUGACUUAUCUAGGCUAGGAAGACAAGAAUUUGAUCUGGAAAACAAAUUCAAACCUUUCCGAGUUGAGAUAAUAGACUCUGUGGAAGUGUACCUCAACCUGCUGCGGACAGUAUUUGACUUCAGUGCGAUUAGAAGUUUGCUAACAGAGUCAGAUCAACUUAAGAUAAGGAUUGAUGCUAUGAAUGGAGUGAUGGGUCCCUAUGUCCGAAGAAUCCUGUGUGAUGAAUUAGGAGCUCCUGCUAAUUCUGCAGUCGACUGUGUUCCUCUGGAGGAUUUUGGAGGCCAGUAUCCUGAUCCAAACCUGACAUAUGCAACUUCUUUGCUGGAGGCAAUGAAAGGAGGAGAGUAUAGAUUUGGGGCUGCUUUUGAUGCUGAUGGGGACCGCUAUAUGAUCUUGGGUCAAAAUGGAUUUUUUGUGAACCCUUCUGAUUCAUUGGCCAUCAUUGCUGCCAAUCUCUCUUGCAUUCCAUAUUUCCGUCAGAUGCCUGUGCGAGGCUUUGGUAGGAGCAUGCCUACCAGUACUGCACUGGACAGGGUGGCAAAAUCCAUGAAAAUUCCUGUGUAUGAAACACCAUCAGGCUGGAGGUUCUUCUCAAAUCUGAUGGAUUCUGGCCGUUGUUCCCUCUGUGGGGAAGAAAGCUUUGGCACCGGUUCUGACCACAUCCGAGAGAAGGAUGGACUUUGGGCUGUCCUGGUUUGGCUGUCUAUCAUGGCAGCCCGGAAGCAGAGUGUGGAAGAAAUUGUCAGAGAACACUGGACAAAAUUUGGCCGUCAUUAUUAUUGCAGAUUUGAUUAUGAAGCACUGGAUCCUAGAACAGCAUAUUUCAUAAUGAGAGACCUGGAAGCUUUGAUCACCGACAAGUCGUUCAGUAAUCAGCAGUUUGCUGUUGGAAACAAUGUCUACAGUGUGCAGAAAGCAACUAGUUUUGAAUAUGUGGAUCCCGUAGAUGGCACUGUGACCAAAAGACAGGGGCUGAGGAUAAUCUUCUCAGAUUCAUCCAGGCUCAUCUUCAGACUAAGUGCUUCUAGUCAUGUGCGAGCCACUCUCAGGAUCUAUGCAGAAAGCUAUGAAAAGGACCCCAGCAAACAUGACAAGGAGCCGCAGGCUGUGCUGAGUCCACUUAUAGCAAUUGCACUGAAAAUAUCUCAGAUUCACGAGAGGACAGGUCGUAAGGGUCCUACUGUCAUCACCUGAACCAAGGAAGGAUUGCUAACCCUGGGCCAAAAAUAAGAAGGCAAGGGAGGAAGAAGCUCUUGCUCGGACACACCAUCUGUUUGUGCCUUUGUAUUAUUCUAAGGGUUUGAGGUCAAUGGAGGGGAGGGCAGGGGAACGGGGACAGAAAUUCAUUUCUGAUCAUAUUGUUCUGCUAAGACUGUGGUGCAUUUACUUCUGUACUAUGGCUUCAGUAUCAUCUUAUACUCAAAAAUAACCAAAGAGAAAGCUCCCUUACAUCUAGAUUCAGUUAUCACAAAAUACUAGAUUGCUGUGAGCUCCAUUUUGUGUUUUGUGCUUGCAAAGCAGGAGUGGGCUACAUAUAACCCCUGUUGGACUUUGGUAUAAUGCACAGCCACUUAUUACUAUUUUGUGACUCUUGGCUUCAACUGAAAAAGAGAAGAAAAGAGUUUGUGGUAGCCAAGGUAAAUAUGGAAUUUAAAGGAAUACUUUUCAAAAUACAUUUCUCAUGUUUUCUAAACCCACCCUAUUGGUUUGGAUGGGCUGCUUCAUGUUUUGAACUGGUGAUAACAGAGCUCUUGGUCACUCCAGCUGGUUGGAAGACUCAGCUGCUGUGAAGGGCUGGUCGUACUGCCUAAGAUGCCAGGAAUUGUUUCCUCAUUAUGAAGCGCCACACCAAGCAUAAAGUCAGAGCCAUGCAGCUCAAGUUCAGAACCACAGUUGUGGGUUCUCAAAUUCCUACCAGUUAUAGAUGUGUAGUCUGAUCCUAUGCUUGCUUGCUCAGUAGUAACUCAGUUGAAGUGAGUUCAAUGGACCUACUCUUGUGUAAGUGGGCAUAGAAGUGCAGCCUGAAAUUCAGAUCUGAUAUAAUUGAUAUCCUGUUCAAAAUGAACUGACAGCUGCCAGUCCUGAUCGCACAGAUGAAGUUGCACAAAUAAGUACAGUUUCUGUAUCAAUGGAAGUUGGGCAUCAAUCGUAUUCAUGCAUAUGUUAUAUAAAUUAAGACAUUUUGAAUUUAUAGGGUGGAGAACAAAACUGCUAUCCAGCCAGCUUCCAUUUUCUGCUCUUCUUUGCAGUGUUCAUCACAUCCCCAACAGCACAAAUGUUUUACAUGUAUAAUUUAUGUGCUCACAAUAAAGAAGUGAAAUUGCUCUUUCCCCUCCCCCUGCUAAACCUUUCUGUAUUUUAAUGUGAUUAUGUGCGUUGUCCUCAAUUUUCAUUUAGUGGUGAUAAAAGGAAGUGUCAGGAAAAUGGUUAUUAUUUAACCAUUUGCCUUAUCAGAAAUCUGUAUCUUCUGUUAGUCUUCACUGUUUUGGGAAGGAAAGUGCUGCAGCCUCCCCUCCGCCCCUUAAGAAUAAAUGAUAUAUUAUGAACGGUUAUCUAACAGUGCCAUCCUUAAUAGAGUUAAACCCUUUUAAAUCCAUUGCGGUCAAUAGCAUUGAAAAGGUAUAACUCAGUUUAGGAUAGCAGUUUACUCAUUUUAAAACCUUUAUUUCUCUCAAGAUGAACUUGUGUUCCACCAUUUUAGGGAGGAGUGGCCACUGGCACAGUAAAACUUUUACACCAGAAGGGACACACGACCCAUCUAAGAAGCCAGUCUUAGAAUUCAAGCUCAUAUGUCAGAAAUGCUCCCACUGAGUGCUCAGUUAUUUCUUGAUUUAACCAGAAUACAGUGCAGGAUUGGCAUUGUACUCUAGGUAAAUAAGUCCACUGUAACUGAACAAAAACAUCUCUGACAUAUUGUUUUGAACUCUGAGCCCCAUAAUAUGGAAAUUAUUAGGCAGAGGUUAGUAAUGUCAUUUAAUUAGGAAUAGGACCCAGAAAAUCUAGCAUUCACAGAUUCAUCUGAGAAAUGUCAGUUCCAUGUGUUCUGUUUACAUUUUGUUUAGGGUUUUUAAAGAAACCAUGUGCAGUUGGAAGUGACCCAUAUUCCUCAUUAUUUCUCGCCAACUUGUGUUUCUGUGGCUUUCUUGAAGUAUUAUGAAUAGCCUUGAAAUGUUGCAUCAGAAACGGUCCUCAAAGAACAACCACUGCCUUAGAGCAGCUUUCUGCACAGAGCAGCUUUUCUGCACAGUUCCACUCAGAUGAACCGAAUGUUGUUUUGGCUCUUUUUAAUCUCAUGAUGCUAGAAGACAUGUGUGGCAGCCAUUUAAACCCCCAGUGUGGUGUCUUUGAACUAUUCCAGAGCAAUUUACACUCUAUCAGAAGUCAUUAUUGUCUUAAAACUUUAAAUGGAUGGGAGGUUGGGAAAGGCAGGCUGAAAGGUUGUGAGUUCAAGAUUACUUGAUUUGAAGUGCAUUGCAGUUCAUUGAACAAGGUGUGUUGGAUUAUUUCCUUGACUGUAAGCACACUGCUGUCAUUUUGCAUAACCCUGGUCAAGAAACAGCAACCCUGUUUUCCAAGAUGCACUCUUUAACAAGCGUGCAUGAUAGCCAGCUGUGAUAGAUAGGAAUGCUAUAGUUCUGAGUCUUUUGGAGCACUGGGUCUUGAGAAGGAUUUUGUCCCUAAUGAAAUACCAACUGCAGUUGCCCUUGAACUGUAAUGAACUGAGUACAAUUUUCAAACCGCUCUUCUAAUUAACUUAGCUGUCUGAAAACUAUAGAAUGCUUUAUCAGAGGUCUGUCGGAACAGAUUGAGCAAAGAAGGAGGAUGGCUUCGGAAGUAUUUGGAUGUAACAAAUGGUUCUUGUGCUUGUGAAAGAAUAGCACCGCUCCACCUAAGGGACACAACAUUUAACUGACAAGAUCAUUUUGUGCAUGUGACUCAUUUGAAUGUUUUUCUUCUUUGGGAACAGAGGUGCUCCUGUAUGUCAUUUGUGGAGAUGGCUUUUGUGCAAUUUGACACUUUUUUAUAGCAUAGUGCAAUUCAUUGCGAUGGUCAUAGUGCAAUUUUAGUGCCUUAUGCUUUUGGGAAUUAAUUUAGUUUCUUUUUUGAUAUUUGUCAAAACUUUCUAUGACAUUUAAUAGCCUUAUUUCUGCCUUGCAUGAAAUUCCUGAUGAUGGGGCGCAGCCCAACCUGAUAGAACACAGAUUGUUUUGUAGCUGCAUCAAUGUUAUUGAGGCUCUAAUCAAUUGUUUUCUCACUUUUAAAAACACGAUUUAUUGCAGUAUUAUUAAAUAUCUUUUUUAAAUCAAAUGAAAUUUCAUGGUUCCUUUUUAUAUCACUAGUAUGUCCACAACCAUUAGGCUAUAAAUGUCAUGUGGCAGAACACUGCUGUCUUCCUGUGAUGUUGCAGUUGUCUGUCUGGGAGGGACCACAGCCCCAUGUGAGACCCCACUGAGGCAGAUGCUGCUGCCAUCCAAAUGUCACUUAUGGCAGCAGCAUCCUCACUCAUAAGCAUGCAGCACUAGGGAUGGCUAAGCCUGCCUCUCCAUGGCCUCUGGGAGCUGCUCUUACAGGCACAGGUGCCAGAGUGGACAGAAGAAGUUGGCAACUUGAGUCCUCAGAUCCAUUUAUUAUUUGCCGUUUAACAAAGCCUGGGUUGUUCCUCAGUUGUCUCUCUGUCUGUCUGUGAGCUCAUGACAAGCCCUCCCGGCCCCACCUCCUCUCCUGCAUCUCUGACUUUCCCUUGGGGAUGCCCCUUCACACAUCUAAGAGGGUGGGUGCAGCAGGCUCAGAAAUGCCUAUUCUGGGGUGGCUGCAAUCGGUUUUCCAGGGGAAAAACAAGGCAUUAAUACUUUAUCCCAUAAAUAUGCCAGUUAAUACAGUUUAUAUGCUAACUAAAUCAUAAAUGAUGCAUUUUAUGUUGUUAAAGUAGUAAAAUAGAUUUAGGUUUGAUAGGAAAGUAAGUAUCGCAUAUAUUUCAAUUUCCCUCUAACAUUUCUAGUUUUUAUUUGAAAGGAGGUGGGGAAUGUUCCAUGUCUUCAAAAUUGCUGGAAGCGUGACAUCUUUAGUACCUCCAAUAUCUCUAUUAUCAGUUCUCUGCUGUGCUGCAUUAUCCGAGUAACACUCCCCGCCUCUCACAAUACUAAUACUAAUAUUUAAGCCAAAGAAGACCAGUUUGGUUCUUGAACUUGACUUGAAACAUCCCAGCCUUCUAUAAAUCAAUUUACUUUAUCCAAUUUGGUUAAAUUAAACAGAUUCAAAUACAGUUUUCGGCAAAUACGAUUGUAUAAGGUCAAGAUCAUGCAAAAUAAAAUGUGAAAAUAUUUUCU